AAGGCAAGCACAAAACCUCGGACGGCGGAAAAAAAAAUCACAAGGCGAGAAAUCGCGUGGGCGUGGAUCCCAGUUACAGCCGCGGCUACGUCUAAAACAAACAUCUAAAACUCCGAGAAACGCGACUCCUCGCCUUGUUAUAGGCACGCCACGAUUCUCCCCCCUUAUUGUUAGAAGCCCGAGUGGUUUUCAUUAAACAGGGUUUCAUGCUUAACUGCUUUUAUAUCCCAUUCACAAAAAGAACAGGCUCCGCGGACCACUUCAAGACUGAAGGCUCCGGGACAGCAGGGCAGCGUCCACCUCACUGACGUGCCCAGCGAGCCCGCGCACUAAAUCACAGUCAGAAAAUACGUGACUAUGAAGUGACCCCUUCUUUCUGUCUCUGUUAUACACAGCGAUACUUCAGUGUCACUUAUUAUACCAGCGACACUUCAGAAACCCGUGGGUAAGCCCUGCAUAACUCAACAAAGACUUUGACGUGAUAUAGAAAUAUCACACACACCGAAGGAGUGCCAGGCGUGUGUAUAUUUUCCUAGUCGCACAAAUAACCCCAAAAUAAUACAAUAGGUUGCGUGUGAAAUAUUUAUGCCGUUUCACAAGCGGCACUAUUUUUCAGCUGUGCUUAAGGACGAAUAUUGAUUUAGUUUUUCUGCAUUCGAUUUUUUAAAAAUUUCUCAACAAUUAUUGUCUUCUCAAAGGUUUGGGAUUUUCAAGUACUACUGAAAUAUUCCUUAACUAGUAUCUAAUAUUUUUGUGCGUUUUUUUUAAUUUUAAACAGACUUUCAACACGAUGCACUUGAAUUGUAAGGAAAAAAAAUACCAUUUUUUUUUUUUGGUCAGAAAGUCAGGCACUGGCUUUUCAAGGGAAGUUUUGCUUUGCUGUUUCAAAGCGACGAAGGCGCUUGGAAUCGUCCCGCCUCGCUCGGGGAGCGCUGGUCCGGGACACAUCGUGCACGAACCCCGACCCAGCGAGGCGCGCACACGGGCCGGGUACCGCGCCGAGAGCCGGCUGUGCCGCACACGGGGCUCCGCGGUUUCGCUCUCCGGGGUCUCGGCGGGGCUCACCAGCGGCGCCCGGCCACACGCUCCUGCGCCUUUCGCACCUGUGAGAGGUGAACUGGACCGGUCGACACCCCCGACACCCCCGAGCCGCCGUAGAUCGGCCUCACGUCCGCGCGGAUCUGCCUGCUCGAGCGCUACUUUCAAGUGUCUAAAAUUAACUCCCAAAGAUGUGUCAAAAAUAAUAUGUGGCUACACGAAUUACACAAUUCACAAGUCAGCACAAUAAAACAGCAAGGCAUUUGUGACGGCUCCGUGUUACUAGAAAACCUCACUGCGCUGUCGAGAUUUUAAUUUAAGAAAUGUCCGCGGGAAGAACGCCGUGUUAAUUUCAGCUCUUUUUUUGGGGGGUGUAAAUGACAGAUAACAAAUGGCAAACGCGAGAGUUUACCAAAAAGCCACAAUUCGGCACGUAUAAACUAUAACAAAUUCACCUAAGACUCCUGGAGCAGCAGGGCGGCCGCGCAUCGCGAGGAGCCCCACCUGACAAGUCCUCACGCGCCCGGCCGGUGGCAGGUGAGCGUUGCCCUGGGAAACGGCGCGUGAGGGCGAGCCAGCAGCUUUCUGGGGCCGAACCGGAGCUGCGGACUGUGCAGGAACACGCGGGGCGAAAAGUCGAGCACAUUUCCUCUUUUGAAAGGGUGUGCAGCCGAGCAGCGAUGGUGUGAAAUUUUCUAUAAUGCAGAACUCCAGUUAUUGCAAAGUGCCCGCAGAAAGCAAACGUUCAAAAACCUAAUGCACACCCCGUUUCUGGCUUUAUAUUAAAUUUGCAAAAAAAAAAACAUUUUACACAGCGAGUAAUGUACAGGCGGCCCGCUUAAGAGGAUAUAACUGUUUACCAGUGAUGUUUAAACAAAGGCUUUACACAUGAUUUACUGUAGGUUUAUUUCCUUUGUACCUACACCGGAUCCCGCCGGCCCGAGGAUUAAACUGGAUUUUUUUUUACCAGCGUCUUCACUGUGGUACUGGAGGUGCACGAAUUCAAGAAAAUUUGUGCACGAACUUAAAAUAAGACGGUACCAAAACUCUCAUAAAUAUCGGGAAAAAUCUCUGCAGUUGCAGAUGAACCCCGCUGGCGCGCUCUGUCGCGAGGACAGGCCAGGUGCCGCGCUCAGGGCGCGAGACUCCGCCGAGCCGCUGACAGAGACCUCGUGCGGCUGUUCAGAUGUCCUCGAGGCCGAGUUUGUCACUAGACUCCUAAAAUAAAUCCGCACAAAAAGCAAACGGACCAAGACUUCCUUUCUGAUACAGUCACAUAUAAAGUUUUUUUUUUUGUUAGCUUUCAAUCGAUAUUUAAUUGCAAUUAUUAAAAAUCUAGGUCUGAUGACAGAUUUCCUUUCAUGCAGUCGUUUUCAAAAGAUUUGGAAGAUAAUUCGGUUCAGACGGGUGUAAACGCACUACCUAUAAAACCCCUAAAUAGAAACACAAAAUAAAAUUAAAAACGAUAAACGCUGCGCCAGGCUCAGUCGCGUGGGCACAAGCUUCAUCCCAAAGCGGGAGAGGAGCGCGUGGGCGGGGGUCUCGUGGCCGCAGCUCAGGUGCUCAAGGUGCACGGAAACGUGGCGCGUGCAGGAACCCCGGGAAGUGACAGAAUCAGAGGGACACGUGCCCGGCGGGUACCCUUCAAAACAGCGCCCGCGAGCUCGCUCCUCCCUGCGCGCGCCCUGAGGAGGCUCUAGAGCCGGUCGACGCUUCUUCAUAGAAAAGCUCGUCCGCUUACACGAGGUUGAAUUUAUUCUACAAUUUAAUAUUGACGCCAUUACUUUCAGCCUGACUAUUUUUACGUUUUAGUGUUGACCUUUUUUUUCCACACAGUAAAAAAGAAAGUGACUGUAAGGGAACUGUCAGACAGUGACACGAAGACGGACAAGUGUUUCACUUACAGUCUUCAGUCCGCGGGAAGGCGCGACAGAAUGAAACACCCGCCUCCAUACUGAAACUGUUUAAGACGGGCUGCCCGACCGGCUGCUGAUCUGCUGCCGCGCAGCCUUCGCGACCCUGAGGCGCGUGAGGCUCUCCUGGCAGGGCUCGAGCUCAGGUGUGCGCGAGCCAGGUGUGCCGUCCACGUGGGGCAGCUCGCGGCGCGCCCUGCAGGAGCUGCUGCUUCCGCCUCGCGAGGCGGCGGCGGCGACAGGCGCGAUGCUUCUGCUGCAUGUGCGCACACGCGGCCAGCCAUCAAAUCCCCCUUUAAACAGCAGUGUAAUUAUCUCACGGCAUCCUGAACACACGCCUGCAUCCUGGGUGGCUUGGUUACCCUUCACAGCCCUAAAAAGGGCCUCUUAUUUAGUUUGAGAACCAGCGAGUCACCCUGACUUACUGCUCAGACCAGGGAGGUUCAGACCAGGGUUUGCUAAUGCGUUUAAGCAAGGCUGACAUCGAUUUCACAGAGGACGUCUGCAGCGCUGGUCCCCAGCUGGUGUGUCUGACAGAGGAGUCGGCCCUGUCAGCCGGGCCUGUGCUCCGGCCCCCUCAGCCCCUCCGGCUCGGCUCGGGCUGCCUCGCACGCCCUGCCUCCCAAGACCUCUGGAAACGCAACAGUCCGUUUUCAGUUCAGCUGCUUUCUUUUUUUCUUUCCUUUUGAAUGUUUACUGCUUUAAAAAAAAACACUCACGGGCCCCCGCGACUCCGCUCAGUCACGUCCUGAAGAUUUGUUUUGGCUAAGAAGCGAUCGGGCUUCGCCGUCGCUGUUGUUCAGCGGAUUUUCAACCCCCUCGGCAAAGCAGCGUGCUUGGAAAAGGAAUUCCGGGAACAAAACGAGCGCUGUCGUGAGCGAGAGGCGGAAUGGGCCUGCGCCCCGGAAAUCGGGGAUUCUCGCCGAGCUCCGGGCCGGGGGGAGACCACCGUUUGUGGCCGUGUCGGACUGGGGCCCCCCGACACGUCACUGUCCUCCCCCUCGCAGACACUUUCCUUCUGAAUUCAGAACCAGCGUCUUCGGUUCUCCGAGUAAGAAAGACAGGAACAGUCUGUACGGCCGGAGAUGUGGGGUAUCAGACCCAGGGCGGACCUGCGAGGAGGGGGCCGGAGGGCAGUCCGGUCAGACCGAGGGGACCCCGCAGGUGGCCCGCGGCCGGCCGCCCGGACAGGGAGUGGACAACGUGGAGGGCUGAAGACGAUGCUGGAUGCCAUGGAGGCCCCAAGUCAUGCUAGACACCUGCUCCUGCAGCUCAACUCGCAGAGGACUAAAGGCUUCCUGUGCGAUGUCAUCAUCGUGGUGCAGAACGCCCUCUUCCGGGCGCACAAGAACAUCCUGGCAGCCAGCAGCAUCUACCUGAAGUCCCUGGUGGUCCACGACAACCUCAUCAACCUGGACCACGAGAUGGUGAGCCCGGGCAUCUUCCGCAUCAUCCUGGACUACAUCUACACGGGCCGGCUGAGCGACGGGGACCAGGCCUCCGAGCAGAACCUGGGCGCCGUGCUGGCGGCCGCCAGCUACCUGCAGCUGCUGGACCUGGUGGCGCUGUGCAAGAAGAAGCUGAAGCGCAAUGGGAAGUACAGCCACAUCCGGGCGGCCAGCUUCUCCCCCUACGGCAAGGUGGGGCAGGGGGCCGUGGGGCGGUACCGUGCCUCCACUCCCGUCAUCCAGUCCUGCUUCCCCGGGGGGGUCAUCAGCCACCCCUCCGCCAGGCCCCACCUGGAGAUCUCCCCCGUGGAGUCCCUGCUGCCCCACCCCCUGGCCACCCACACGGGGGAGCUGUACGCCCCCCCCUCUCAGGGCAGCCAGCUCUACCCCCCGCUACAGCCCCCCCCCUCCCAGCCGGGCCUGCGCCCCUCGGAGCGGGGCUGCUCGCCCCUGCACGGGCUGGACCUGUCCAAGAAGACGCUGGCCUACCCGGCCGAGGACGAGGAGGAGGAGGAGGAGGACGAGGACGAGGAGGAGCGGGGCAAGGAGGCCCUGAACGGCAAGGGCGGGGAGGACAAGCUGGGCGCGGCGGGCGGUGGCGGCGGGGCGGGCUACCCCCUGGGCUGCGACGGCGAGGACGACAAGAGCGGGACGAGCGAGGACACGGGCAGCAGCGAGGGCCGGUCCCCCGGGGGGGCGCUGGAGAGGUUCCACAUGGCCUACGAGCCCGAGAGCUUCGGGGACAACCUGUACGUGUGCAUCCCCUGCGACAAGGGCUUCCCCAGCUCUGAGCAGCUCAACGCGCACGUGGAGGCGCACACCGAGGAGGAGCUGUUCAGCGGCUCGGCCGGCGAGCUGGGGCUCAGCAACAGCGGGGGCCACGCGGCCGGCGGGGGCCCCGGCGGGGCCAACAACGGCCUCGGCGGCCACCCCUACCUGGACAGCAAGCCCGGCCCGGGCCUGGUGGGCGAGAUCAUCCGGCCGUACCGCUGCUCGUCCUGCGAGAAGUCCUACAAGGACCCGGCCACGCUGCGGCAGCACGAGAAGACGCACUGGCUGACGCGGCCCUACCCCUGCAGCAUCUGCGGCAAGAAGUUCACGCAGCGCGGCACCAUGACCCGCCACAUGCGCAGCCACCUGGGCCUGAAGCCCUUCGCCUGCGACGCCUGCGGCAUGCGCUUCACGCGGCAGUACCGCCUCACCGAGCACAUGCGCAUCCACUCGGGGGAGAAGCCCUACGAGUGCCAGGUCUGCGGGGGCAAGUUCGCCCAGCAGCGCAACCUCAUCAGCCACAUGAAGAUGCACAGCGCCGGCACGCCCACGGGGGUGGCGCCCGACGGCAAGCUCAAGAUCGACUUCCCCGCCGAGGGCCUCUUCCCGCUCAGCAAGUACGCCGCGGAGCACCUGGGCCUCAAGCAGGAGAAGGCCUCCGAGCUCCUGGCGCAGGCCUCCCAGCACCUCCUGGCCGACCCCAAAGCCAUCGAGAGCCUCUUCCCGCUGUCCAAACUGGCCGCCGAGCACCUGGGGCUCGCUCACGACAAGAUGGAGGCGCUGGGCCAGCCGCCCGCGCAGCCCCACCCCGGGGAGGUGCGCAGCAUCGACCGCUACUCGCCCAGCUAGAGCCGCCCGCGGAGCCCGACGGGAAACGCGGAGAGCCCCUCUCUUCCCCCUCGCGCCUCCCGCAGGCUCGUCGCCACAGCCGAAAGCCAACGCCAACUCUCGUUGGGAAAGGUCGAGCUCUUCCUUUUUUUCCAAAUGUUUUGUAAAUCUACACCACCUCCUGUGCCUUCGCCACCUGCAUUUGUUUACUGUGCUUAUUUAUAUUUUAAGUGACGACGAGAGGAGUGUUUUUAUAGACUCGCGUUGAGCCAUCGAGCCAAAAACACACAGAUUGUGUUCUUCCUACAACCAACCGAACGUUAUCUCUCUACAAGAAGCCAAAGGACAAACCGAUCGCGGCCAGAGAGCAGGUCUGUGCAAUGUGUGGACAAGCAAGCGUGCGGCCUUAAUUCAGGGUUUCCUGCGAGCCGGCGACGGCUCGGUGUCUGGCCUGAGCCUUGCCGUGGGGAUUGUACAGUCCGAUGGUUUUGUGGGUGCUCACUCGGAGCAGAUCCUCUGCCCCUCCCCCUGCCCUCCACCUCCAUCCACCCAGGGAAUUUCUGAAGGAUGAGGGCGGACUUUCCUGGAGCUGGCAGGACUUUCCUUCUUUCUGGCAGUGCAUUAGGUAAAUAAAGCAGUUUUCUUUUUCUAUUUACUAUACAAACGAAUUUCAACUGUAUAAUUUACUGUGCAGAACAGGGCUCCAUCUGCAGUGACACCAUAAUUAUGAUGCAAUUUCCAGUUAAUUUAUGCCCCAUAAGCCAAUGUGUUUAUAUUUGCGGUACUUCACUUAUUAAAGUCCGCUCCCUUGGGCUGCUCAGGGGCAGUGCCAGGCUGCUUCCCGCUCGCUCUCCUCGCGGGCCAGCGCCGCCUCGACCCACAACCCACUGGCCAGACCGCCCAGCAGGCGCUGUUGCUGUGGACAGCAGGGCAACCCGUGAGAAAGAGGCCAGGGUACUGGGCAAACCUUAUAAAAGCACAAUCCCAGAGUGCCAGUGGCCCGUCUGUUUCUGGUCCAGCCCGGUUCCAGUACCUUAUCGGGCUGUGACUGGGACUCCUUUCACCUCGUUCUCUGCAAACCCUGACUCUUUCCCCCUGGCCCUUUUAUACACAAACCAAACACGCCGGAUCCAGAACAAAACUAUUAACUAGCAACCCAAUGUUUAAAAAAAACAACCAGGGACAGUCUCCAGACAAAUGAAAAGUAUAUUAUUUAACUGAAACUGAACCGACGAUAUUGUAAGGGACACAGCAAUGCUGUGGCUUUGGGGUGUCGAUUCCUCAGUUAUCUUCCUUCAUACUGGCCACUGAAUUUAAUUAAGAACACGAGACAAACAAGAGGAGCCAUUCAGCCUGUCCAACUCCAUCUGUAGUUAGGAGCUAAUUGAUCUCAGGAUCUCAAGCAGUCAUUUCUCGACACAAGACAGGGUAUCAGCUUUAACAACAUGGCCGGGUAGCUGGUAACUCUUAAAUAAGGGUAAAUAAGUGCCUUCCGUUCUCAGCUUUAAAUAUACUUCUCUGUAAUACGACAAUCAGUUGAUCCACCUCAUCAUUUACUAAAUGGUAUAAUGGCGUUAAUCUUAUUAGGAAAAGUGGAAAGAGAAACGCUUGCCUUUCUUUGCUCCAGCCCCUGUCGAGUUCAGCUGGCGUCCCGAUCCCUGUGAAAUCGCGAGCUCUUCCAGACCGUCUUCACUGUGUCUCAGGCAGGGUUAGGAGCUCAGGCCUCCCCAGUGCAGCUGUCAGUUGCGUGCACAGUCAGGCUCCAUCCCCCACGACAGGUACCAAAGAGCUAAGGGCUUCUGCAGCAACAGCACAAUCACACACUUGCUUAUUUUGACCCGAAAAACGAAUUGCUCCCGUCAGCAGAACGCGCUCAAGACAGUCCCUGAUCACCCCGGGUCUUCAAUCCUCUGUGUGGCACAGGGCUGGGGCUCAAGGGGACCCACCGGGCACAGAGAGGUCCGAGAGCCAGGCUGUGCUUGAGAGCGGUCUGCACAUGAGACGGAGUUUGAAUUUGACCUUUCUGUCACUCCUAGACCUUUCAAACCCACUCAUUUUGCCCGAUCAAUGACGGCACAGCCCAACAGCACAUAGAGGGGGCAGCCAAAUAAUCUGCAGAAAUUCUGCAGCACCCUGUACUUAGUUUAUGCCUGCAAAUCCUGUCUGGCUUUCCGAACAGAAAAGGUCUUUAUCCAGAACCACGGAAGACCACUGGGGUCAAACCAGGGUCAUUAGGUGAAUUAACGCUGGUGACCUACGACCUCACCUAGCUGGACCAAUAGGAAGUUCAGGGGAGGAGGGAGAUCAUGUGCCUUAACGCCCCUGUGUAGGGGAAACACACCACAUCAGUGCUCGAUUUGCGGUUUUGCUUCAAGAAAUUCUCUUUAGCCAAAAAGUAGCGUUUACCUUGGGAUUGAGCGCUGCUCCGCUCUGGAGAGGGGAUCUGGGGCUAGCCGCAUCCCGAGACAGUCCGGAGGGAAAGGAAUCGGCGCCCGGCUGUCGGGAUCAGACAUGGGGAUGGGGGUGGGGUAUGGACCUGUCAGCCUGUGGUUGUUUUCCUCAAUUUAAACUCUUUCUUGCACUUAUUCUUCAAACAUUAACGUGCUCUACAUCAACACCUUGCUACAUUUUGACAAGGCAAAGUCAGACUGCUGUUUUUGGGACUUGUGGAUUGACGGCGUAACUGGGCCAGAGGGCUGUGCCCUCCCGACCGGUUUUACUGGGUGCAUGUGGGAGCCUGCAUCCAUCUGCACCAAGCCGUGUGCGCGUGCAGAUCCUGCCUGCUCCAUAGUCCAGUCUGGUGCAUGUAGUAGCAAGGUUUGUAGCAUUAGGUCAAAUGUCUAAAUGUGAAUUGAGCUGUGAGGAGCCGUGUUUGGUUGUCUUCAUGUGAAAUUAUAGAAAACAAGAUAUUAAAACCUGCACAUCGGAGGCGUUAUGAAUAAAUCACAACCGCGCCCGAGCAGUGUACACUCACCCGAGUCCCCACGCUGCCCCUCCUGUGUCUUGCAGCUGCUGGCCCCUGGGUGAGGCUCACGCUGGCUGUUCCUGUCUUGUGCUUUGCAGACGUGCCCCCCAGGUCAGCAUCAGGGUUUACGGUGUCUGUACUGCGCCCUGGCUUCACUGUGCCGGGCUGCACGCUGGGCUCUGAUCAGCAUCUCCAUAACGGAGUGAAAGGCCAAAGAGGAGAUAUUCCAAAGCACCAUACCAUUGGCUGAUUCAUCAUCUUCAUUAUAAUAAUGGUGAUGCUUGCUGUGGUCAGAUGGUUCCACCUGCAGCUUUGCCACGCAGGCCAAAAAAUAUUGCCAAAUAAUAGUACCAAAUAUUGCUCAGUCAAGGCUGUACCCAUCAAGUAUUUUAAAUCAGUUUUUUUUUUGAAAUUAUGACAAACAUUACUCAUUUACAAUGUGAGGACUUAUCUCUAUACAGGACAAGGGUGACCUGAGAGCUUGUUAGACAGUUAUGGAGGGAAGGCAGGGUGGUGACCUGCAAGCGACCAGCAGGGGCUACGGGUCCAGGUCUGGUCACGUGCAUCAGGAAGGGCAGAUGAGCAGAGUGGCAUCAGGACAAUUCCUGCCGAACUCAAAUGCUUUUUGUUUUCGGCUCAUUAUUUGAUGGUUCUGAGCUGGGCUGCUGCCUCGGUGUUUCCUCUCGGCAGAGUGCUCCUCUCUCGCGCUGGGUCCUUAUCUGAGGCCGAUCUGCAACACCCCGCCAGAGACGCGCUCAGAGCUCCCUGCGAAGGGGAAGGUGGGGUGUCGCAGAUCUCUUCAGUGCGCGGCUUGAAAGAAAGAGAAGAAGAGACCUUUUUCAAGCAAACAUGCUACUUGAUUUCAUCCGGAGCAGGCAAGGGACAAAGACACUGUGCUGCCGGCCUUGUGGCAGCCCAGUACUCUGUAGGGCACUCCUGUGCGGCAUCGAGGAUCAGAGGCUAGGGCUCUGAUCUCACUGUGAAUCGUGGAUUCAGUUCCAGGUGUGGCACAGGUCCUUCAGGUCCAAGGUGCUUCACUGAGACUGUUCCACGGCCAGCUAUAUGAAUAGGUUCAAGCUGUUAGAAGCGUCAGAUUAAAGCAGCAGCCAAAUGAAUAAUACGCUUCAGACCAAUCUAAUAAAGUGUGUCUGUGGCUGUCCCAGAUACACGCUCUGCACAGCCUGCACCUUGCUGCAGCACAGCAGGGUCAGUACACGACACCGUACUCCUGCGGGAAUCUGGCACAUCGUUCGCUAGUUUCAAAAAGCCUCAAAGAGUUCUCCAUAAUGAACAGCCGUCACUCCCCAGCAGAGUGAGAGAAACCAUUUCAGUUCACCUCCAUGACAUGAGGAAGUCUCCUGCACUCUUGUUCCACUACUGGAAGAAAAAGUGCAGCAGAUUUUUCCAGGGCCGCUCAUGAUCCCCAGGAGGGACAGGAGUCGGGUCCUCGUCAGCGGCCUGUCAGCAGAGGAGGGCCGAGCGGCUGCCUGAGUCAGCCAGGCCUGUCUCAAGGUCUUAGGGGGCGGGCGGGAGGUCCGGGGCAGGAAGCACACUCUCCGGGGGGCGGGGGGGGGGGGCACUGCUGCUCCCAUUGUCUGACAACGGGAGAGAAACCUCACCUCCCGACCUCGUGCCAUUGA